AUGGAUGAAGAACAGCAAGUUGGUCGUGCUCAUGUGAGCGUAAAUUCGGAAAAUGGGAACUUUGAGACUGUAGUUGUUGAUUCGGGAAACACGUCGCAGAGGCGAAAAGUAGAAGAGGUUCUCGAAAUAGAAGACGAAGAUGCGAGAGCGAAUAGGCUUGGAUCUAUCUUCAAGAGACUCAACUCUGGUUCGCCUUCGUUUCUAGGACCUAUAGAUUCUAGACUGCCCAACUUGCAAUUCGACUUUGGGGAACGCAAGACUUGGGCUGUUGAGCCACCUUCUGAGUUACUCUCCCGCGUUCAAGCGUUUCUACCGCAAAUGGAGGCCUCCAACACGAUAUUGAGUCAACGAGUAGAAACAGAUCCGCAAAGCGUUGAUAUGGAACAACUGGAGGACAACUCAGAGCGAUAUAUUGAAUUGAACCUUGGGCUCGGUGUGUUUGAUAUGAAACCAAAUGGUCAAUCUGCAGACUGCGAAGAUACUGAGAUGGCUGACUCUUCAUCCUCCGCGUCGUCUUCAUUAUCAUCCUCGUCAUCCUCGUUAUCCAGUUCCUCUUCCUCCGAUUCUGAUUCUGACGACACGGAUUCCGAGUCUGAACUGGACUCGGAAGAGAUCUUAUCCUUCUGUAUUCCUUCUAGCUUUCUCUCUCGCUCUCCUUCUGCCGCUACUCAAUCAUUUGACUCUAUCGAGUCUAACGGCAAGACGAAAGCACCCAGGCUAAUGCGCCCUUUGCCUAGGCGCAGCGGCUCGUCUGCGUCUCAUUCAAAAUCGAGCAUUGUUGUGCUCAGCGAAAGCCUGAAUGAUUCGUCAGUAGAGUGA